AUGAAAGUACUAUGUGUAGCCGAGAAGAACUCCAUAGCGAAGGCGGUUUCACAGAUCUUAGGAGGUGGCAGAUCUACAUCAAGGGAUUCUGGCUAUAUGUAUGUGAAGAACUAUGAUUUCAUGUUCAGUGGGUUCCCGUUUGCAAGAAACGGGGGCGACUGUCAAGUGACCAUGACUAGUGUUGCGGGCCACCUGACAGGGAUCGAUUUCAGCCAUGAUUCGCACGGGUGGGGGAAAUGCGCAAUCCAAGAGUUAUUCGAUGCGCCACUGAACGAGAUCAUGAAUAACAACCAGAAGAAGAUCGCAAGCAACAUCAAGCGAGAAGCCAGGGACGCAGACUACUUGAUGAUAUGGACGGAUUGCGACCGUGAAGGGGAGUACAUCGGCUGGGAGAUAUGGCAAGAGGCCAAGAGAGGCAAUAGGCGCAUAGAAGACGACCAGGUAUACCGGGCGGUUUUCUCGCAUCUGGAAAGACAACACAUACUGAACGCAGCAAGAAACCCAAAUAGGUUGGACAUGAAGAGUGUGAAUGCCGUGGGGACGCGGAUCGAGAUCGAUCUUCGAGCAGGUGUUACGUUUACCAGGCUGUUGACAGAAACGCUGCGGAAUAAACUAAGAAGCCAACCCGUCACAAGCAAUGAUGGCGGUAGAACCCGCAGUGGCAAGAACGACUCACAGGUCGUGUCGUAUGGUACGUGCCAGUUUCCGACGCUGGGAUUUGUCGUCGACAGGUUCGAGAGAAUACGGAAUUUCGUACCGGAGGAGUUCUGGUACAUCCAGCUGGUGGUAGAAAACAAGGACAGCGGCGGGGUGACGACCUUCCAGUGGGACAGAGGCCACCUAUUCGACCGACUAAGCGUGCUGACGUUCUACGAGACAUGCAUCGAGACCGCUGGUAACGUGGCAAAAGUGGUCGACUUKCGGUCUAAGCCCACAUCGAAGUACAGACCGCUGCCCUUGACCACCGUGGAGUUGCAGAAAAACUGUGCCCGGUAUCUGCGACUCAAUGCCAAACAGUCGCUGGACGCGGCGGAAAAGCUGUACCAAAAAGGGUUCAUAUCGUAUCCCAGAACGGAAACCGAUAGCUUCCCGCAGGCAAUGGACCUGAAGACCCUGGUGGAGAAGCAGGCGCAACUAGAUCAGCCCAACGCGGGCGGCAAAACCGCAUGGGCAGCAUAUGCGGCAUCGCUGCUUUUGCCUGAAAACACUAGCGGCAACCGUUUCAAGCCUCCACGAAGUGGCACCCAUGACGACAAGGCGCAUCCUCCAAUCCACCCCAUCGUCAGUCUGGGACCAGACGCUAACGUGUCCCCCACCGAAAGAAGAAUAUACGAGUAUGUCGCAAGACACUUCCUGGCAUGCUGCUCAGAGGACGCCAGGGGCCAGUCCACAACCCUGGUGCUGGACUGGGCCGGCGAGCGGUUCACCGCCGCCGGCCUCGUGGUCCUCGAGAGGAACUUCCUCGACGUCUACCCAUGGGCACGCUGGGAAACCACCAAGCAACUGCCGCGCCUGGAACUGCACGCGCCUGUGGACAUCGCGAAGGCCGAGAUGAAGGCAGGCGCCACGGCUCCACCCAAGCCCAUGACCGAAAGUGAGCUCAUCAUCCUCAUGGACGCCAACGGCAUCGGCACAGAUGCCACCAUCGCAGAGCACAUCGACAAGAUUCAGGUACGUAACUACGUCCGCAGCGAGAAGGCAGGCAAGGAAACCUACCUGCAGCCCACCACCCUAGGCGUUUCCCUCGUGCACGGCUUCGAGGCCAUCGGCCUCGAAGACUCCUUCGCAAAGCCCUUCCAGCGCCGUGAGAUGGAGCAAGACCUGAAAAAAAUCUGCGAUGGGCACGCCUCCAGGGCAGAAGUCGUAUCUGACAUAGUCGAAAAGUACAGGAAGUACUGGCUCAAGACGAAUGGCUGUAAGAAUACCCUGCUGCAAGUUUAUGACCGCGUUAAGACAUCCAUGUAG